GAGAGAGAGAGAGAGAGAGAGAGAGAGAGAGAGAGAGAGAGAGAGAGAGAGAGAGAGAGAGAGAGAGAGAGAGAGAGAGAGAGAGAGAGAGCAAACAGUAAUUGCUUUGAAGUUGCAAUAACAAAGAUUAAAGGAAAAGAGCCUAAAGAUGAUGAAGGGAAGCAAGUCUUACACGGAGUAUUCGUCGUCUUUCUCAACUGACGAAUUCGGUUACGAUCAGAACCGCACAAACUCCUAUAAUUUCAAUGGACCUUGCAUCAACACAGAUCCUGAGAUUAAGAGGAAGAAGAGAGUCGCUUCUUAUAACCUUUUUGCCACCGAGGAAAAGCUCAAGAACAGUCUCAAGAGCAGUUUCAAAUGGAUCAAGAACAAAUUCUCUGGUGAUGAUACUAAUAUCCGGUACAACGUCUAGAUUAGUCCACUUUUAAACUUCUUCUUUUUUUUUUUUUUGAUAAUGAAACUUCUUCUUUUUCUUUCUUUUUAAUUACUCUAAGAUUAUAUCGAAAUUUAACAUGUAAAUUAAUUGUGUGAGAUUAAGCAUGUUUGUGUGUGUGUGUGUGUGUGAAUGUCUCUAAAGAUUUGUAUGGGGUUUGUGUUACUCAAAUGGAAAUGCAGACGUUGUCUA